AUGGCCUUGGGCUUGAAUGUUUUUAACCUCUUCUAUAAGUUCAAAGUGUUGGUGCUUGUCACUUUAUUUGUGAUGGUGCUAUGGUCUACAUUCAGUUACUUAGUGGACACCAGACAGGAAAUUGCUAAAGCUAAGAGCAUGGUGGAGUUUUUCAGGAAGGUAACUAGCCUGGAGCACAGUCAAAAGGAAGAGAAGAUUGAAUCCACUGCAGACAUUCCCAUGGUGAAGUCAUUUCAGGGUCCCUGCCCAGCUCUGUCUCCAUACCUGCGAGGUGCCAGCAAACUCUCCUUCAAACCAUUGGUUACACUGGAAGAAGUGCAAAAGGAGAACCCUCUGGUAGCCAAGGGCCGGUACCAUCCUGUGGAGUGCUCAGCCCUGCAGCACGUGGCCAUCCUUAUCCCACACCGCAACCGAGAGAAGCACCUGCUGUACCUCCUGCAGCAUCUCCACCCCUUCCUGCAAAGGCAGCAGCUGGAUUAUGGUAUCUAUGUCAUUCAUCAGGCUGGCAACACGAAAUUUAAUCGAGCCAAACUGCUGAAUGUAGGAUACCUAGAGGCCCUAAAAGAAGUGAACUGGGACUGUUUCAUUUUCCAUGAUGUGGAUCUGGUGCCAGAAAAUGACUUUAACAUUUAUAUGUGUGACACACAACCAAAGCACCUUGUAGUUGGCAGGAACAAUACUGGAUACAGGUUACGGUACCGGGGAUAUUUUGGAGGUGUUACUGCUCUUACAAGAGAUCAGUUUUCCAAAGUGAAUGGAUUCUCUAACAACUACUGGGGUUGGGGUGGAGAAGAUGAUGACCUUCGAAUCAGGGUUGAGAUGCAGAAGAUGAAAGUGGUGAGGCCACCUGCGGAUGUGGCCAGGUACACGAUGAUCUUCCACAACCGUGACCAUGGUAACGAGGAGAAUCGAGAGAGGAUGAAGCUUCUCCGCCAGGUCUCUAGAACAUGGAAGACAGACGGGCUAAACUCCUGUUCCUAUAAACUGCUCUCCGUGGAACACAACCCGCUAUACAUCAAUAUCACGGUGGACUUCAGUGUGCAGCUCAACGUCUCGUAG